AUGGAGGCAGCUUUGAAUAUGUCACUUGAUGAUAUGAUUAAGAACAGAAGUGGGAGGGGAAGAGGAAGGGGAAGGGGACAGAGGGUUGGUCGAGGCCGAGGUGAUGGCCAAAGGUCAGGCAGAGGUGAUGGCCAAAGGCUAGGCCGUGGUUUAGGCCGUGGACGCGGUGCUGGAACCUUCCGUGGAAGGGGAGUGCCUUACCAAAGGCCACUUGGUGUCAAUACUCGCUCGUCAUCGUAUGCUAUUGCCAAGGCUGUGGAAUAUCAUCAGUCAUUCAACAAAACAAAGGAUUUUGCAUGGACACAUGAUCGGUUUGAGGAUAGCAUGGUGGCUGCUGGACUUCCUGGGAUAGAAACUGGUACCAAGCUGUAUGUUUCAAACUUGCACUACGGAGUGACAAAGGAAGAUUUACAGGAACUUUUCUCUGAAAUGGGUCAUUUGAAGAACUGCAUUGUUCAUUAUGACAAUAAUAGACACCCAACUGGUUCAGCUGAGGUGAUAUUCACUAGGAGGAGUGAAGCUGUUCAAGCAUUGAAACGAUAUAAUAAUGUACGCCUUGAUGGGAAAGAAAUGAAGAUCGAAAUGAUUGGAGCAAAUUUGGGUUUGGCUGCUGCUCCUGCACCUCGUGUUAAUGUUGUUUCAGGCGCAAGAGGAAGAGGACAGAGAGAAGUUGUGAUGUCCCAUCCAAAUGGGUUUGGUCGAGGUGCAACUGACUCGUCUAGUUUCCUUCCUGGGUGGAAGCGCAACAACGGCUUUGCUCAAAGAGGAGGAUCGGUCCGUGGGCGUGGGCGUGGCCGUGGCCGUAGCACCUUUGGUCGAGGUCGUGGACGUGGCGUCUAUGUACGGAAGGGGUUGGUGAAAUCGGCUGACCAAUUGGACAAGGAGCUGGACACCUAUCAUUCUGGAGCAAUGAAUGUUGACUAA